CCCGAGUUGGGAGGCAGUCGGUAUCCGUCCGGCGUCGCGUCUCGGUUUGCUGCGGUCCCGGACCUAGCGUCAGCGCGGACUGGGCGGACAAGGCAGAGCCAGAGUUGGCGCAAUGAAGGCACUGAUUUUGGUGGGCGGCUAUGGGACGCGCCUGCGGCCGCUGACACUAAGCAUCCCGAAGCCGCUGGUGGACUUCUGCAAUAAGCCCAUCUUGCUGCACCAAGUGGAGGCGCUGGCCGCGGCCGGCGUGGACCACGUGAUUCUGGCUGUGAGCUAUAUGUCUCAGGUGCUGGAGAAGGAAAUGAAGGCGCAGGAGCAAAGGCUAGGAAUCCGAAUCUCUAUGUCCCAUGAAGAGGAGCCUUUAGGGACAGCUGGGCCCCUGGCACUGGCCCGUGACUUGCUCUCUGAGACUGCAGACCCUUUUUUCGUCCUCAACAGUGACGUGAUCUGCGAUUUCCCCUUUCAAGCCAUGGUGCAGUUCCACCGACACCAUGGCCAGGAGGGCUCAAUUCUGCCCGUGAAAUUUAGGACAACAUGUGUAUCAAGGCUCAGGAGCACUGGACUAGGCCUGAAGUCCCCCUGCACUCAGGUGACCAAAGUGGAGGAACCCUCUAAGUACGGUGUGGUGGUGUGUGAGGCGGACACAGGCCGCAUUCACCGGUUCGUGGAGAAGCCGCAGGUGUUUGUGUCCAACAAGAUCAACGCAGGCAUGUACAUCCUGAGCCCUGCAGUGCUACGGCGCAUCCAGCUGCAGCCCACAUCCAUUGAGAAGGAGAUCUUCCCUGUCAUGGCCAAGGAGGGGCAGCUCUAUGCCAUGGAGUUGCAGGGCUUCUGGAUGGACAUUGGGCAGCCCAAGGAUUUCCUCACUGGCAUGUGCCUCUUCCUGCAGUCGCUGCGACAGAAGCAGCCUGAGCAACUGUGCUCAGGUCCUGGCAUUGUGGGCAACGUGCUGGUGGACCCAAGUGCCCGUAUUGGCGAAAACUGCAGCAUUGGCCCCAACGUGAGUCUGGGUCCUGGUGUGGUGGUGGAGGAUGGUGUGUGCAUUCGGCGGUGCACGGUGCUGCGAGACGCCCACAUUCGCUCCCACUCCUGGCUGGAGUCCUGCAUUGUAGGCUGGCGCUGCCGCGUGGGCCAGUGGGUGCGCAUGGAGAACGUGACAGUGCUGGGUGAGGACGUCAUAGUUAACGACGAGCUCUACCUCAACGGGGCCAGUGUGCUGCCCCACAAGUCUAUUGGUGAGUCGGUGCCGGAGCCCCGCAUCAUCAUGUGAGGAUGCUGCGGGGCUGGCCGAGCCCCCAUUUCCCCACUGGCAAGGGGAUCACUGGCUCGACACAUCAGGAGGCCCUGGACUCAUUGCCAUUUGACUGGGGAGGAUUGGACAAGGCUGAAGCCGUCGGACACCCGCCUUCGCCUGUGGACAUAAUCUGGCAAGAUACCCCACAAAGCCCACUCCCUCAAGAUGGGCUGGGCCAGGACUGUAUGGAAUAAUAAUUUAAUGCUCACUGUG